AUGGUGGCUCCAGCAAUCUUGGCCGUCUUCUCGCUGGGAUACACUGUUGUGGCAGCCGGACGUUUAGCCCAGCAGCAUUUUGCAGGAGCAUUGCGCCGGGUUUCCUUGUCCAAGUCCGUUAUAGCAAGUGCCAAAAGCCGGGCAUCUUCGAAGGUGACAAACAAGGAGGACUUGUCGGACGAAGAGAACUGUCAGACUCAAAUUGCGAGCUUUGAUCGGCACGUCAAGGAGUUUUGCGAGCAAAUCCGGCCAGAUAUUCAGAACGGCUCCUACGCCUGGUUGACCUAUAUCUCGGAUGUGCGCGCCACCGAAAUGGCGAAAAGCAUCUCCGAUGCGUUGUGGACUGGCCAGCCGGAUGCCUCAUCUGGCUUUCUGUUUGCUCGCGCGUCCUUUAGGGAGAAGGGGCUCCUGCUCUGGAGCGGGGCUCAUGUAGCAUCAAGACGGUUUUGGUGUGAGGAGCUGGGCUUGUACAUGUUGCACGACGACAUCCUGGGUGAUGCAUUUCGAACACCCUUUGGAUCCCUUCUAGAGAUGGAGGGCGUGAAGGACUCGAAAGGCAGACUGUUUGGGAGUUGUGGCUGGGAGCGGGUGGCCCCAAUCUGGCGGGCGGCCUCCGAGGCGGUGGUUGAAAGAAGUUCGCAGGAGCUGGGUGUUCGGGUGCUUUUGAAGAAAGCCUUGGUUGGGAAAGGGCAGACACUGACGGAAACUGCCUUUUUCCGCUUCGAGCUGGUGGGCCUGGCGAGACAUCCCCCCAAAGGGGGGAUGAAGAUCCUGAAUGCCCAUGAGAGCGUGAAGUGUCGCCACGUAAUGCCCCUCAUCCGUGCAAAAAUCGAGGAGGUGGGCUCAGCCCACGAUUGGGAGUCGGUUCAGAGCUUCUGCUGUGUGGACAUCCCAGAGCUUCCUCAGAAGGGCCAGGCCAAAGCCCUGGAUUCCCAGGCUUCCCAGUUUCCGAAGCCUUGGUCCGAUCUUGACCCGGAGUGCAAAGUCACCAAUCAGGCCCUGACGCGGCCGCUGUUUCACGAGUGCCUCUCAAAAGGCCAGGUCGCUUGGCGCGACCUCUCUGAGCUCAGUCGAGCCGAGCAGAUCAAGGGGCUUGACGGAACUCUGCAACAGCACGGGCCUCAAGUGGCGGUGGUUCUCCCCGAUUUAGUCCUCAUGUUCCCGGGUCGUAUGCUGGAAGACUUCGUCAACCGGAGGAUGACGAGCCAUUCAUCGGAUCAGCACGUCCAAAAGGCUUGGGAACUAUUGAGCGAUUGGGAUUGGACAGGAGAGCCGGAUCUUCCAACUCUCCGACUACUUCUGUCUGCACCUCGCGACGAGACUCGCUUGAAAGCUGUUCAGGCCUUAGGCGUCCUCUCUCGACAGCCCUCCGACCUUCCGUCGGUGCAGACAUGUCUGUGGAUGGCCAUGAGCGACUCCAGCCAGGAGGUGCGUGGGGCAGUGGCGCAGACUUUCGUUAACUUGACGAGCCCCGACAAGAAUGACAAGACAAGGCUAGAACUGGUGCUCGAGACAGUGAAGAAGGUCCUGAGGGAAGACGCUGAAUCCAUCUGGCGUGGCUCAAAGUCGAAACUGAUCCUGGAAAGCGGCAUCGCAGAUGAGCGUGCCGUUGCUACAGCUGUGAUGGUGUUGGAAGGCCUCGCAUAUCAACACUUCGGUGCAGUGCUGCCUAUUCUCAAACACGCGGCCACAAGUGGUAAGUUGAGGACUCGCCUGAGAAUCGUGAAGGCCGCGGCUACUCUGUGCGCGAAUGACAGGACCAGAAAGGGAGCUCUUCUGCCGCUCCUACAGAAUGCUGCCGCGGAUGUCGCGCCGGGUGUGAGCCUUGACGCUCGCAAUGCACUGCUUUUCUCGUGCCCACCAAAUCUGUGA